AAUCGUAUUCCAACUCCCGUGAAGUAAACGGUUUUCGGAAGUCGAUGCUGCGAUCGAUGCGAUGAAUUGCGAAGCUUGCCAUCUUAAAGAACUGGAGGUGGAACACUUUGAGAUUCGGGAAGUUCUGCGCUGUAUACUGCACACGGUUGUAUUUCACAGAGCUUUGGGUCUUGUUCGGCCGAAGGACAUUGAUUCUGAACUUUUUGAAAUUACUUAUGUACAAUGUGGAGAUGCUGAGCUUGAAAAGAAAAUAGAUGAGAAAAUCGACCAAUUCAUUGGAUGGGUGGAGAAGCACCCAAACAAGAAAAGCCAGAUAUGUUUAUCCUUCUACGAGGUGGUAAAAGCCAAGCAGGCAGCAUGGUUCGGUAACAAGAUUGAACGCUCAUAUUGGGAGCAGUGGUACAUUAAUUUGAAUGUGGUAAACUCAAAAGCACAUUCUAACAAGUCCAAUCAUACUAAAGUGGUUGUAGUACCCGGAGAAAGAGCAUUGGAGGAGAGGAGUAUGCGCCGAGCUGCCCUGGAACAAGCCCUCCGCGAUGUCUUGUUUCAAAUCAUAAAUUUCGUCAAUGAAAAGAAGGAUCACAUUCCUCCAGUACCUAAUGUUGAAGGCGUCACGUUCCCAUAUGAAAUCACAAUCCCAAGUUCAUCAGAUUCUUCUUUUGGCAUGGACAUGUUCAAGAGGAUGCUCCAGACAGGCCAUCCGACCAUGCUCAGCUGACAACCCAAUGUGAGCUCUUCUCCUCAUACCUUGCUUGUUAAUUGUUCUCAACCAUCGUCACCAACUGUCUAUAAUCACAGAAUUGAGAAGAGAUGCAAGCAUCGUUUGUCUGUCUGAUAAUUAGGAUUGUACAGAAGUUAGUUCCAGAUAUGUAUGAAUCAGAUAUAGGUUGAUUUCGUUUGCGGUCACUGUAUUUGUCUGUGUAUAUAUUUGUUACAGUAUCCAAUGUAGAAAACUCAGUUACCGAUACAAGCCAGAAAGGUAACAGGAAUCCAGCUGCUCUAUCCAUUUGGACA